AUGAACAUUGGCAAUGCAUUGCCAAUUUCAUCAAAUGAAUACAAUCGACCUAUAAUAGGAAUUUUGAGUCAAUCAGUUCCAUCAACAUGGCAAAAACCAAAUGGUACGACUUAUAUCGCAGCUUCCUAUGUGAAAUAUAUCGAAGCAACUGGUGCUCAAGUUGUACCUGUUUUAAUGAAUCGAUCCAUCGAAUACUAUGCACAUUUGUUCAAUUCACUCAAUGGAGUAUUACUUCCAGGUGGUGAUUUUACUGAUGAAUAUUUCUAUGUUGCAAAUCUAUUUUAUAUUUGGUCGUUGAAAGCUUUUGAUCAGACGCAGAAAAGCUUUCCUAUCUGGGGAACGUGUCUUGGUUUUGAGGUGCUCUUCAUGUUAACAAGACACUCAACAACCAUACUGGACCAUUGCAACGGAUACGAUUUUGCUACCGAACUGACAUUCAUGCCCGACGCUGACAAUAGUCGAUUGUUAGGAUCAUCAUUACCAUCAAGUGUCAAAAAGGGAUUAGUAAAUGAGCCAACGACUGCUAAUUUUCAUAAUUUUUGUAUGCGACCAGAAAAUUUUACAGCCGAUCCUGUCUUGUCGAAUUUUUAUAAAAUGUUGACAGUAAGUUAUGAUUUAGACAAUCGAUCAUUUAUUUCCACGAUUGAAAGUCGUCGCUAUCCAAUCUUUGGUGUUCAAUGGCAUCCUGAGAAGAAUGCAUUUGAAUGGCGAGUUAAUACAACAAUUCCUCAUUCGAGAGACGCUAUUGAAGUGAUGCAAUAUACUGCAAAUUUCUUUGCUGAACAAGCGCGGCAAAAUACAAAUCACUUCGAUUCAUUACAAGACGAACUAAAAUAUCUGAUUUAUCAAUAUACACCAGAGUUUAUGGGCUUAGAUGUAUCACAUUUUCAACAAAUAUAUUUUUUCUAUUCGUAA